UUUCAUUAUUAUUUAUGCCAACGAGUGGGUUUCAAUGCAAGACUCUCAGGUCUAUAAAUUUCAUGCCUUCUUGCACCAUCUUCGAAACCACAGAAAGGAAAGAAGAGAGAGAGAGAGAGAGAGAGAGAGAGAGAGAGAGAGAGAGAGAGAGAGAGAGAGAGAGGAUGAGGAGAGCAUACCAUUAUGUUGUGAGCCUUGUAUUGCUGCUGAGUAUAGCAGCAGGUGCGAUGGCACAGAGUGCUUCGAACGUGCGAGCAACGUAUCAUUACUACAACGCAGCUAAGAAUGGAUACAACUUGAACGCCGUGAGUGCUUAUUGUGCCACUUGGGAUGCUAACAAGCCCCUCCAAUGGCGUAGCCGCUAUGAAUGGACUGCCUUCUGUGGCCCCUCCGGCCCACACGGCCAGGAUGCUUGCGGCAAAUGCUUGAGGGUGACCAACACUAGGACUGGGGCUCAGUUAACGGUGAGGAUCGUUGACCAGUGUGCUAAUGGAGGGUUAGAUCUGGAUUGGAGUGCUUUCAAGAAGCUGGAUACUGAUGGCAAUGGCUACAACCAGGGCCACCUCACCGUCAACUACAGUUUCGUCAGCUGCUGAAUAGCCACUCCCCCUACUACUGCUACGCUACUACUACAAUAUAUGCCGAUCAGUAACCCAACAUGUUCAUAUAUGCCUGAAUAAGGAUAAGCAAGCAAUCCUUCAUAAAUAAAAUUAUAAAAUAAAUUCAAUCU